AUAGAGAAGAGAAACAUGACUGUUAGGUUGUGUCUGCAGCUCUAUUUGUGGCUACUUGGCUGCACUGCAAGGUCACUUUCACAGAAGCUUCGUGGAAAUCCAUGGAUGGGAGUGGUGGAACCCUCCUUUCGAACAAAUUCAGGUCGGCGUUUGGGAUCCUUCGAGUGGGAGAUCGAUUUGCUUGAUGGCUUUCCAUUUCUCAACAACAUCACGGACACCAAACAAAUCGAAUUUUCGUAUUGGUUCACCGGAAAUGCUUCUCUACCUGGAAGAUCUUUUGACAUUGUCCUCCUAGAAAAAGACUGCAGAACCGCCAGUGUCGUAUCGCCUCAAGGCAGAGGGCUAUUUCUUGAUAGCGAAGAAAUUUAUGAUCAAGGUAUAGACGUCAUUGUCGGUGUUGAUCUUACAUCAAUUGCAUCGUCUUCGUUUUAUAAUAGAACAAGUCAGCUAUCGGCAGCAAUUGAGUUCUGUCUUCGGGUUGAUUAUCAGAGUGCGGGCGAGUCGGUCAACUUUCACGAGACAACAGUAUCGGUUUCUGUCGACUUAACCGCCGGUUUUCGACUACAAAGUAUUUCUACUGAGCGGAACGAGGAAGCGGUGGUAUCCGAAAGUGUCGCCUGCGAAGUCAACGCGUAUUUUUGUGACGACUCCUAUACCGACACGGGUACGCCGAGGCUUGCGCAGGGUGAUGUUUUCCAGGCCUGUAUUGCAUCGACUGGGCAAUUUGUGAUCAAAGACAUUGUGUCGGCUCAGCUGGAUCAAGGUCAAGACAAUCAGACAACUGGUGUUCGAGACGACCUUGCUAUCGACUACGAAGUUGUCGAUCCCCUUACAGUAAUAUCCUGCAGCUUGGGACGUUGCAAUAUAAAAACGCAAAUGAGGACAAAAUACUUUUCAGAAAAUAAUCCAAUUUCGGUUCGACUAUCGGGGUUGGCUCUGUGUGGCUUCGGAUCAACCCCAGCAGCAUAUUGUGCGUCAUCUGUUAAGCCUGUAAUUGGAGAAAAUUCUGAGUUCUUAAUUUACCCUGUUGCUCUCUCCUUGCAUGACUAUGAUAAUUCGGACGAGUAUGAAUCCGUCGUGAUAAGCUGGUCGACACAGGGUACCAGUGCUGAACCCUUUGUUGAGUUUGCAGUGGCACCGCCAGGUGUUUCAAUCACAUUAGCCAACCGAGAGCUCACUUUGCGAGGAAAUGCACAAGACAUCGAAGAUGCUGUCGCAAAUUUGAAGGUUCGCCCGGGACAAGACAACGGAGAAGAUAUCGACAUCCGGGUGAAAGCAACAGCAAUGGACAGAAAUGGUCUAAUGGCCACCGCGGAAUGCGGCUUUCGUAUUCCUGUGGAUCCUUUCGUUUUUGGGAUUCUGAGGCUUGACUCGCCCUUUCCAUCGGAUAUCAGUAUCCGUGCUUUCGAAGAUACAGCAAUCGAGUUGAGCGGAAUAUCGAUUGAGUUCUCUGGGUAUGACACAGACGGCUCCGAGGUGGCUUACAUAGAAAUUGAAGCUUCUAGCAUUCCAGAAGGGUCCGUGCUUCUUUCUAAUGGAAUCGUGCAAACAACAAUUGUUGAUGGAUUUUUGCGGCUUCCAAUGGAAGCAGGGUCGUCACUCAAAAUAAAGCCACCAAGGAAUUACAGCGGGGAAAUUACGCUGUCUGUGCGUGGAGCUAUUACUGAUGCAUGCAUACGCAUUUCGCAGUACACUGUUUCAAAUUCUGUGCUAGUAGCCACAAUUCCACAGAAAUUGUCGAUUCAAGUGGAGCCUGUUGCUGAUGCAAUAAUGUGGACUACUGUUUAUGCAAUUGAGGAUAAUGGUGCGGUUCCGUUUGGCGCGAUUCUUGCUAACAGACAGUCGGGGAUCCGACUUAACGACAUAGCGCAAGGGAAGGGAAACAAUCCUGAACCAGAAACAAUUCUUCAGAUAGUGAUAUCUGUUCCGCCCGACUCAAACGAAGUCACCUAUCUUGUGUCGGGGACGUUUGUACCUCAGUCGGAUGGUAUUGUCACAGGUGAAGGCACAGGAGUCGUAUCUUUUGACCUACAAAGGCGGACCUUCACUAUUCGCAGUUCGCUCCUGACGAACCGAGUCAAUUUAGCAGCGGCUGAUCAGGAAACUCGAGAACAGGCCGAUAAAGACAUCCGCGCCACCUUAGCAGCCUUUUAUGUGGAGAUUGGACCGACACACACUGAUAUCGACGGAGACUUGUCGGUAACUGUAACGACACUUGAUGUUCAAAUGGGAUUCUUCGAUACAACUGAUGUAACGUUUAAGCCUAUCAAGUUGCAGGCUGUUGCUGACCAACCGUCGAUUACAGUUCAGAGUGCGGCACAAAUUGUAAGCGAGGACGGUGACUUGGUGCCCCUUUAUUUUACUGUGGGACGAAGCGCAGACGAAGAUGGUUCCGAAAAUCUUAAAGUGCUUAUCUCUGUGCCGUUGGAUGAGCUUGGACCGAUCGGCUCUAUCACUGGUUCCUUGCCUGUAGGAGUUCUUGUCAUCAAUGAGGGCCCUGGUCUGUAUCUUAUUUCUUCGUCAGCGACAACUCCUAUCGGACAGGAGACUUCUCUAAAUCAACUUUUCGAUGGACAGAUCAAAUUUCAUCCCAGAAACAAUUUCUCCGGUCAAUACCUCGGGUCAAACGGGAUACGUGUUGACGUCUUCAUGGAAGAGAGAGCUACAAAUGAUCAGCUUGCCCCUGUAGAAUAUGGCUUGGAUGGAGAUUCGAAAUUAGCCAAAGCUACCGGAUUUAUUGAUAUCUUCGUCUUGCCAGACGCAGAUAAGGCAACAGUCCUUGUGAAAGGGAAUGCCGCUGGCAUGGAAGACAAACCAAUACCAGUCCCAUUGAGUGUGACUCUGGGGGAUCUUGACGGAUCCGAAAGCUACUCAAUGGAAAUUGUUGACAAUCUCCCUGCUGGUGCCAAACUUCUCGGUUCAACCAGUCGUGAACUUCUUUCAGAAGAUGGAGUUUUUUUCUUGUUCCCAAUAGAUGUAGAAUCUCUCAUACUGUUACCACCACUUCACUGGUCAAGUGCAAAGCAAGGUGACAUUGUUCUCCUUACAAAUACAACAACGGUUGAUAUAAGCCCUCAAUCAUCCUCUAGUGCGUCGGUAUACCUUUCCAUUCCAAUCAAGAUUGUGGGCGUAGCUGACAAGCCAAAUACUCGACCAGUUGUUGUACAUUGUUUGGAAGAUGGAACUUACAACCUCGGAUCAUCAAUCGGGGAUCUAAGUGGGGUCUUGGUUGAUGUAAGCAUUCUAAUCCGUAUAAUCGUUGUCAAGAAAGGAUCCCCUAACCUGCUUUGCUCGUUCUCAAUACAGACCGAUGGAUCCGAAGUACUUUCUCUUGUUUUAUCCGGUCUACCACUUGGAGUCGUGCCUCAAAGCGAGGAGAGUAAUAUACAAUAUUUAGGGAAGGGACGAUGGCAAGUGCCUGAAACAGCGAUUCCUUCUCUCACGCUCCCUGCGUUGCCGAACUUCUCCGGAGACAAUCCCUACACGGGAAUUACUAUCAAUGCAGUAAGCCAGGAGUUGGACAGGGAUCAAGCGGUCUCUGAUUCUUGGCCAGUGACAAUAAAGGUACGCCCUGUUGUUGAUGGGUUUGCUUCUUGGUCGAUGUCUUUCACCACGACGGAGGGGAUGAACGAGGCAAACAAUGGCGGUAUAGAUUUCAAAAGUGUCAAAAACUUUGUUCUUGGGGAUGAGGAUAAUUCCGAAGCUGUAAUUUCGUUUACUUUUGACUUUUCCAACUUAAUGGUCAAUGCCGGGAUCAGAACUCGCCUGAAUCAGCUGGAGGGCCAAAGUGCUGGACUCGAGGAGUUAGUGUCAAAAAGAAUGGACGGGGAAUUUACCUUCGACCAAGAAAGUGGCACGGUAUUGGUACUCUCCGAAAAUAUCGAAAAUAUCAAGCUCCACUCAGAACUCUUUCUUGAUUCAAACCAAAAUUUUGAAAUCCCUGUCAAUGCGUUAGUUCGAGAUUCUGCUGUAUCAGACGGAAGUAGCGUUAGGGAAGACAAGAUCAAGUCAGGCGUGUUAUUUGUCAUUAUAAGUGGAACCGCUGAUAUCCCUACGGUGUUUGCAGAGCCGACCAUCUCCGGAAGUGUUGGUGAGUCCGGAAUUCCAGUCCGGCUAGGUGGGGAAACGACAGAUCGAGACGUCUCACUUGGCAGAACUCAGUCAGAAGAUGUUUACUAUCUGGUCAGCACCAGCAGCAGCUCAAUUUCCAACCUGUUCACAUUUUCUGGCGCUGGAUUAAACAAUGGAGACGGUCACUGGACUUUAGAGAAAAGCGACUUGGCGGGAUUACAGGUUUACUUUAGUCCUUCGAUUGGCAUGAGAAAUCAAAGCGAAGCUAGUUUUGAUUUAACAGCAGUCGCUGUCGAGGAUGAUGGAGACUGGGCAGUCAACACUACGACCUUCAAAGUUAUUCUUCAACCCAACGAAGCGGGAGAUACGAUGACGAUCCCCCCUUUGCCACCUCUUCUCGCCAUCGGCCUUAAUGCAGGGUUAGAAGAUACAAAAAUAUCUCUGGGUAGCAUCAGUGCCGUCGUCAAUCCUGACGAUCCUACCAAUACAACUAUCAGUGUUGCAAUCUGGAGCAUCCCUCCCAAUGCUAAAGUGUUCGGUGCUCGGCUUAACCCCACCACUGGAAAAUGGAUAUGCUCUGCUGCCAGUAUCAAUUCAGGUGCUGUUCAGAUACUUCCGGGCCCAGACUAUUCUGGUUCAUUGAUGUUGACUAUUCAAGCCAUCGCAACCAACCAUUACGCCUUGUCAGCUCAUAGUCCUGAACAAAAGCUUGAAUUCAUUGUAGACCCUGUGGCUGAUGGUGCAGCUAUUUCCAUCUCUCCUAGCUCAGGCUUGGAAGAUGAAAUGGUCUCACUACGCGUUUCAUUGACGGAGCUGGACGUUGAUGGAAGUGAGCGAAUUGGUCAUUUUGCAUACAUAAAGAUGACGAACGGGGCCACUCUUAUAGGCAACUACACUGUCGUCACAGAGUAUGACAAUGACGCCUUCAUUGGGACAUUUUCCAACGCUUACUCACUGCGCGUACCAUCAGAGGAGAUUUCAGAAUUGUCACUGAAGCCGGCCGCGAACUGGCAUGGGACAAUCACUCUAGAAAUUUCAGUCCCGGUUGUAGAGCGUUUCGACGAUGAAGACGGUGAUCACGUCAAGGUCGCCCGAAAGACUCAUUCAAUUGAGAUCAGUGCGUUAGCCGACAUGCCCGACAUUUCCGUUCCGUCCGUCACCACUAUAGGUGACGAAGACACAGAAAUUGCUAUUGCAUUUCUCGCGGCCAGUCUAACCGACACAAUAAUCGCGAAUGGUCGUGAAAUUCUCUCUGUUGUGAUCAGUAAUGUUCCAGAAAGUUCAACGUUCAACUCAGGAUACAACAACGGGGAUGGGAGUUGGGCAAUUCCGACCGCAGCCCUAGACGGACUUUCUCUCUUACCCCCGGAACAUUUCGCCGGAACUGUCAAACUGACACUUACAGCGUAUGCAUUGGAACUGGAGAAUGGCAGCGAAAACAGUCAGAGCGGCGACUUUGAUAUCAACGUCCGUCCUGUGGCCGACCCUUUCCUCAUGGUCGCGACAAGUAUCAGUUUGCAAGCCAGUUCGGGAACUGUUGAUAUAGCGUUGAAUUUGCGUCUGCAAGAUACGCGCGGCGACAGCCCAGGAGAAAUUCCACCCGAGAUUGUCCAAUUGGAGUUUCAAAAUCUCCCUCGCGGUAUAUAUCUUCGGGCCAGUCAGGGUGGUGGUGUUGUCACCACACCUGCCGGUACAUUUGUGUUCGCCGGCUCGCAAGCCCAAGCCAACGCGUUGCGUCUUUUGGCCCGUAACGCUACAGAAGGCACCUACCAGAUUGCCAUCAGUGGUGUCACCGUUGAUGGUGACAGUAUCCUGUCACCAGCGGUGCGGGACUCUUUUAGGCUGACCAUCUCCCCGUCAAACCAAACGUUGCCCGGCGUGGAACUGAUAGGCACAAACGGGGCGGACAACCUGACUGGAUCGAUUGGACAUGAUAUUUUGAUGGGCUUGGAAGGUGCUGACCUCAUGCGUGGAGGCGACGGUAUGGAUUGGCUGGCCGGUGGACCUGGCGCUGAUGUGUUGACGGGAGGCAACGGCGCUGAUGUCUUUUCGUGGAGCUCACUCGAUUUGGACGGGUCAGUGGAUCGCAUAACUGAUUUUGCUGUUGGGCAAGACCAGCUCGACCUUGUCAGCGCUCUGAACGGAUACAAUCAGCAAUUAUCGGAUAUUUCGAGCUUUCUCAGUGUCACUACUAGCAACAAUGAUGCAGUGAUUUGGAUCGACAUUCAGGGAGGCGGGAAUUUUUCCCGAUUUGUGUUGCUGGAGAACUUGGCUGGAGUGAGUCUCAAUGAACUGGUCUCGAAUGGAAGCAUCUUGGCUUAA